AUGAAGAGGGUGUUCAUCAACAUGAAGGGUUACUUGGAGGAGGUGGGUCACCUCACAAAGCUCAACCCUCAAGAUGCUUGGCUUCCCAUUACUGAGUCUCGCAAUGGCAAUGCCCACUACGCUGCUUUCCAUAACCUCAAUGCUGGUAUUGGAUUUCAGGCCCUAAUCUUGCCAGUUGCCUUCAGUUUUCUUGGCUGGAGUUGGGGAAUAAUUUCCUUAACCAUAGCCUACUUUUGGCAACUUUACACUUUGUGGGUUCUAGUUCAGCUGCAUGAAGCAGUUCCUGGGAAGAGAUACAAUAGAUAUGUGGAGCUUGCACAAGCAGCUUUUGGGGAAAGAUUAGGAGUCUGGCUUGCUCUUUUCCCUACUGUCUACUUGUCAGCGGGGACUGCAACAGCUUUAAUUCUUAUAGGAGGGGAGACCAUGAAACUAUUCUUUCAGAUUGUCUGUGGACCUCUCUGUUCAUCGAAUCCUCUUACGACAGUCGAGUGGUAUCUGGUGUUCACUUCCUUAUGCAUUGUACUGUCCCAGCUCCCAAACCUAAACUCAAUUGCAGGACUCUCUCUCAUAGGAGCUAUAACGGCCAUCACUUACUCCACCAUGGUAUGGGUCCUCUCUGUAAGCCAACAGAGGCCACCUUCUAUCUCUUAUGAACCUCUUUCAUUGCCAUCCUCUACCGCAUCUGCCUUCUCAGUCCUAAAUGCACUUGGUAUUGUAGCCUUUGCAUUCCGAGGGCACAAUCUAGCCAUGGAGAUUCAGGCAACGAUGCCAUCAACCUUCAAGCACCCAGCUCAUGUGCCAAUGUGGAGAGGAGCCAAAGUAGCCUAUUUCUUCAUUGCCAUGUGUUUGUUCCCUGUUGCCAUUGGAGGUUUUUGGGCGUAUGGAAACCUUAUGCCUUCAGGAGGGAUCCUCAGUGCCUUGUUUGCAUUUCACAGUCAUGACAUUCCAAGAGGACUACUCGGGAUGACGUUCCUUCUAGUAGUGUUCAACUGCUUGAGUAGUUUCCAGAUAUACUCCAUGCCUGUCUUUGACAGUUUUGAAGCUGGCUACACCAGCCGUACCAACCGUCCUUGCUCGAUUUGGGUCCGAUCUGGUUUUCGAGUGUUUUAUGGAUUUGUCUCUUUCUUCAUUGGGGUGGCACUCCCGUUCCUCUCCAGUCUUGCUGGUUUAUUAGGAGGACUCACUCUUCCAGUCACAUUUGCUUAUCCUUGCUUCAUGUGGGUUCUGAUUAAGAAGCCAACAAAGUACAGCUUCAAUUGGUACUUUAACUGGACCCUUGGUUGGUUGGGUGUUGCAUUUAGCUUGGCUUUCUCAAUUGGAGGUAUUUGGAGCAUGGUAAACAGUGGUCUUAAGCUGAAGUUCUUUAAGCCCAACUGAGAACAGAUAAGAAGAGCAGCUAUGAACUAAAAAAGGUCUGAAUUGGUAACUUAUGAUAUGCAGAGUUGGAUAUGGUGAAUUUAUUUGCAAGUUGGUUUUGUAUUUUUCCUUGCUUUCAGAGUGGGAAAUAUGUCUUAAAUU